AUGGCCCAUCAUGAUGCCGACGAAUUUGUACGCAAAUUAAAAUUUUUCCCAAUACAGGGAUGUCACUAUGAUGAGAACUGGCUAAUUUUUGGACAUGUUGCUUGCACUGUCUUCAAUGCCGUGCCUCCCUAUGUUUGCUUCUUGAAUGGAUUACUAGAGGAGUCUGAAGAAGCAGCCGCACAACCUUCCACUGCUUCCGCACGAGCUUCAGCUUCCACUUCUGAUGCUGCAAAAAGGCCUGCAAGAGCUUCCCCUUCUGUUGCUGCAAAGAAGCCCCCCCCCCCCCCAGAAGCUUCUUCCACUUUGGACUAUUGGAAGCCAUCUUUGCCAAAGAGAAGAAGAACAGCUGUUGCCGCCAAGCUGCCAGCAGCACCACCACAACCUUCCACUUCUGCUGCAGCAAAAAGGCCCCCACAAGCUCCAUCCACUGAAUCCAAAGAGUCAACAUGA